GCCGCACCAGUGCUUUGCUAGCCACCGACGAGGAAGCAUCGGGUGUUGUGGAACGCCUUCUUCCACAGCAUAUCGAGGGAGCGCGAGCGGAGACAGGCUACUGGAGUACCCCUGCGUGCUAGGCAGCUGGACGCACUGCGCACCUCACCUUCAGUCGCUUUGCGAUAGCGCAGCCUGCAGCUCGGCGGCAGUCAAGUUUCCAGUUUUCUCCGCUGUUGGCGCUGCUGCGGCACAGGCGCCGCUUUGACAAAAGCCUUCAGUUGAGUCAGGGACGCGAGCGCGUACGCAGCUACUAGAAGGAGCUGGCGGAUCGUUUGCUGCUUCGACAUCAACCGAAGUGACGACUGCUGUUGAGGAGCUCGCUGCCGGCAUGACGGACGCGAUCGAGACUAUGAUGCUACGUAGCUGUGCACAGCGGGAAGCCUGCUCUUGCUGAAGACGCGAUAUUUUAACCUCUUCGUACCUAUUUCAGCCAGACAGGAAGAUGGGAGAGAAACGAGGCAUGAAGGCGCUGGAGAUGUGGUGCAAGCGCGUGACGGCGGGCUACCCAGGCGUCAGAAUUGACAACAUGACCACGUCCUGGCGGGACGGGCUCGCCUUCUGCGCGCUCAUACACCACUUCCGGCCGGACCUCAUUGAUUUUAACAGCCUCAAUAAAGAUGACAUAUACCAUAACAAUGAGCUGGCAUUCCGCACAGCUGAACUUCAUCUUGGUAUUCCAGCUCUACUUGAUGCUGAAGACAUGGUGGAAUAUGAAGUACCUGACAGAUUGUCAAUUUUGACUUAUUUGUCUCAGUUCUACCAGGCAUUCGCAGGGAGCCAGCAAAAUUCUCCUUUGGGGCGGUCUGUUAACAAAAGGCCAUUAAGUACACCAGAAAAAGUGGUGGUUGCUGAAAGUCCACCUUCAAAGGUCGCAGUAAGAGCAGCAUCAUGGCGAGGCCGUGAACCAUGUGUUGGCUGUGGCAUGCCUGUAUUCUUGGCAGAGCGACUCAUUGUGGACAAACGUCUGUUCCAUCGCUCCUGUUUUCGCUGUGCCCGCUGUCAUAACCAGAUGAGUGUUGCCAACUGCUAUGAAACGGAAGGUGGCAGCUACUGCUGUGAGACGUGCCCUGAUGAAGUGCUUGCUGUGGAUGGUGUUCGCAUUCCUGACACACCACCUACAGAGAGCAGUGAUGAAUCAGUAAUGGCAGAAGAGGAAGCAAAUGAUACUCCAUCCAAAUCUUCAGUACACCUUCCUCCAACACAUGUAAAGGACACCGGAGCAAGAGCCAAUUUCUUAAGUAGGCUUGUGGAUGCAGACGUAAGUUCAUCUGCAGAGAAAAACCAAGCAAGUAAUUCUUCUGUUUCUGAGUCAUCACUGAGUCCUGCAGUUGAUGAGUUACAAACUAGGACAUCUGAUACGAAAUCAGGAACUGCCAAUUUUACUGUGGACUCUGUAAGUAAAGUUGGUGAUAGUGGUGAAACUGAAACAAAAAUUACAGAAGGUUCAUCUGAAAGGACUGCUGGAUCAGAUCUGAAAUACAGUGAAAGUGAUAUCACUAAAAAUAAUAGUACUGUUAAAAGUGAAGUUAGCCAACCUCUUACUGCUGUUGAACUGCAUAAAGACUUGCCUCAGGAAAACAGAAAAGCAGAUUCAAAAAAUACCAAAGAAAGUGACAUCCUGUCACCUAGUUCAUUAGUGAAAAUGCGUCUUAAAAUGUUUGAAAAUGGUGAGUCUUCAAAAGCAUCAAAAACAGAUGUAAAUAAAAAGUAUGCUAAUUACCGAAAAAAUUCUGAGGAAGAAAAGGAAAGUAAAACCGAGGAAAAUUUAAGGACAUUGAAUUGUGAAGUUUCUCCUGCACUGUCUAGUAAUAAUUUGCCCUUAAAUGAUGAGAGUGUAGAUAAAAAACUUGAUAAACUUAAAACUAUUGAGUGUGAAAAUAACUCCAAACAGGUACCUGUUCAUACCUCAGUGAAACCCACACUGCCAGUAGAAGGAAAAAGUGAACAUUCUGAAGUGCCUUUAGAAAUGUAUUCACCUCUCCCCAAUCUGAAGGACACUAGUGACACCUCGGACAUAAGUGUUUUGAGUUCUCAGCCAGAGGAUAGUAAUUUUGACAAUAAACCAUCCUCCAUAAGUGACAGCAGAAAUAUUGUAACUAGUCCAGAAACUGCUGUCACUGUAGCAGACCUCCCAGCACAGACUGAAAUAAGUAACUUAUCAGAUUAUCCCGAAGAACUAAAUCCUUUUGGAGACAGUGAUGAUGACAGUGAAAGUAAAUCUCAAAUAAAAACAUCCACCCCAGUUAAUAAACAAAAAUAUAUAAAUCCUUUUGAAUCCAGUGACGAUGACAAUGAGCUCAGUGAAAAUAUUGUAGGGGGAAAUAAAAAGAACCCCCCCAGGGUAGAUACAAAGCUGGAUUCACCUAAGGACAAAAGGAGAUUAAUAAAAGCCCCAGAUUUUAGUCUCAAUCCUUUCUCAGAUGAUGAUGGUGAAGUAACCAGUGAAGAAGAAAUUCCACCCUCUGUACGGGAACAGGCUGCAAAAACCCCUGUGCCACUGCCUAGGAAUCUGAAGACGCUAUCUACACCUGAACCACUGCCACGCAAAACCGCAGGGCGGAAGGAUACUAUAAGUGGCAACAGUGAUCGGUAUGAUUCGAACACUUCACUGUCCAGUGUGGGGGGUUCAGGUACACCAGUGGGUAGUGUUCCACGAAGAAAGAAGAAACCUGCCCCACAACCACCUUCUGCCCAAGAGCUGUUCCCUCCAGUUUCAGCUGGUUCAUCUCGUGCAUCUUCACCAACACUCAGUGUGACACUCUCACCACGAAGUGCACGUAAGCAACGUAAGUCGAGACCAGCUCCUCCACCACCACUGCCAUCAUCAUUGCCACCAAAUGCGACACCAGGUGCUGAAUGGGAAAAGACUGAGAAAGAAGCAGCUAAUCGAAACCGGCAGAGUCAAACCAGUGUAACACUAGAUUCAACAUCUCUUACUGACCAGUCACCAUCAGCACCAAACAAAAGUACUUUUGGGCAGUGGAAGAGAAAGAAAGGUCCUGCACCUCCAAGACCUGUGCCACAGAGGAGACAGAUAAAAUCCAUGCCUAUGCUGGAAGUCAAGCGUGAACUGGAGGACAUUGAAGUGAAACAACAAGAGCUUGAAAGACAAGGAGUGAAACUGGAAAAAACCAUCAGAGACAAGUUUGAAAUGACAGCAACUGAAGAAGAGGCCAGCAUGACACCUGAUGUUGAAGACUUAGUCCUGCAGUUAUUUGAGUUAGUAAAUGAGAAAAAUGAACUGUUCAGAAGGCAGGCAGAAUUGAUGUACCUACGGAGACAACAACGUUUGGAAGAGGAACAUGCAGAUCUGGAAUAUCAGAUACGCUGCUUGUUAGAGAGGCCGGAACAUACAAAGACAGACUCAGACAAAGCACGUGAGGAAGAGCUGAUUCAACGCCUUGUGGAAGUAGUAGAAAGACGAAAUGAAAUUGUAGAAUGUCUUGAAAUGGAUCGUAUACGUGAAGCAGAAGAGGACCAGAGUAUUCACACACAGCUCGGCAUCUUUGCAGCCAAGAACAAGGCUGCAAAUGAGAAAAAAGUCAUCAGUAAUGUAAAGGCAGAAACAAAAGUAAUAAAAAAGGACAAGAAACUUAAAAAACUUAAAGAAAAGGCUCUUCAUAAAAAAGCCACAAAAGCUCCUAUUGAUGCUGAUAAGGAUAUUGAUGAGGCAGAAGUGCUGGCUGAAAACACUAAGGAGAAAAAGACAAAGAAGAAAUGGUUUAUUUAAUAAAUUACUAUGUUUAAAAAGAAAGAUUCCAAUUUUUUCUUCAGUUUGGUGCUUUUACUGGAGGGGUGUAUAUUUAUUUUUCAGGUGUCACAUUAGAUUAUAUAAUUACAUUAUUUUCAAUAAAAGUGUACUAUAGUAUUAUUA